UUCCAUGUUGAAGGACGUAGAAGUCAUACUUAGUGACGAAAGUUGUUAAGCAAAUGACUGCGUUUUAAAUACGUAUUGGAGCGAAGGUGCAGUAGAAAAUCUUUCGAAAUCGACUAAAUGUAAACUGAGUAAAAUGAGUCAACCGUCUCAAUUUGCAAAUCUAUGGGAUUCCAGUCCUCCAAAGAUUCCCAAUAUUGUACAAAAUGAGGAGGAAAAUCCAUUAUUUCCUGAAAUUGAUCCAACGGAUCCAUUGGAUCCCUCAGAUGCAGCACUUCAAGGCAUAGUCAAUCAUUGGCUUGGAUUGGCAAACACAGGAGAUCUAAAAGCUGCAGAAUUUGGACGAACAUGGCGUAUAUAUGUACCAGAUAUAUACACACCAUUUCGAAACCAAUCCUCAAGGAUUCCUGCUAGGAGUAGAAGGGUGCUGAUAGACCCUCUGGAGUGCUUCAUCAGCGGCGGCACCACCUUCUGGUCGCGCUACUCGUUCGCGAAGCUGACGCAGCGCCUGGCGCCCCUGGGCGAGAGCGGCACGUGCGCGCACAUCUUCGCCGAGCAGGAGAUCGCCUUCAGCUGCCUGGAGUGCGCGCGCGACGCGGCGUGCGUGCUGUGCGCGCGCUGCUUCAGCGAGUCGCCGCACCGCCUGCACUCGUACCGCAUGCGCACGUCGUGCGGCGGCGGGCGGUGCGACUGCGGCGACGCGUCGGCGUGGGGCGGGCGCGAGUGGUUCGACGGGAGCGCGAGCUCCGUGGCUGCUGCGCAGCCUGGAGCGCGCCGACGGCCCCGUACGCCAGGCAUCUUCAAGCCCUUCUGCCUGGUGAUGCUGAUGCCGGCCAAACUGCCCGACGCGUCGCGGGUGGGCGUGCGCCUGCCGCUGGCGCACCGCCGCGCGCCCUCCUACCGCCACCGGCUGCUCGCGGGCCUCAUGAACUACUGCUGCCGGGAGGGGCGCGCCGUCACGUCGUGCCUCCAAGAGGACGAGUGCCUCCAGCUGAGCGAGGAGCUCUUGCGCACCAUCCGCGACUUCCCGGACGCGCCGUCGUGCAGCCUGCAGGUGGUGCACGGCCACCACGUGGCGCACCAGAACUUCGCCAUGGACCUGCUGAAGUGGUUGCGCGCGCUGCUGGUGCGCGUGGACGAGCUGCGCGCCCUGUUCGCCGAGGUGGCGCUGCGCGCCAGGGUGUUCGAGCAGUCGGUGGUGGAGCACGUGCUGACGCGCGAGACGCUGCUGUGGCAGGGCGCGCGCAUCGUGUGGCGGGGCCUCUUCUGCGACGCCAUCGGGCUCGACGCCAACCGCCAGCCGUUCGCCGAGGUGUUCUUGCGCAGCUACCCGGUGAUGCUGCGCAACUACGUGCGCGCCGAGCACCUGCCGUACAGCUACUCGCUCAUCUCGCUGUCGGUGCAGUUCUUCGCGAUGCCGUCCAUGGCGCGCCACCUCAUGGAGCACAAGAACGCCAUAAGUAGAUUGGAACUGGAUGUAGAUUAUGAUGUUUAA